AAGACAAGACAAUGGACAAAGACGAACUGGCGGGCAAACACGAACAGAUGUUGACGGCCAAGCUGUCGCAGGUCAGGAAGAGACUGAGAGACCUGCUGAAUGUGAAGAAUGCUCCAGGAAGCAAGAGGAGCAAGAUGGAGUCACAGGGUGGCAGGGUAUGACUGACAGCUGGAAGCCCCGCCCACACUGUAUAUAGAACCCUGGAGCUGCUUCAGAACCAGCAGAAGCGUCCUCAGUCCAGAUGGGUGUCCAGGAGGUGACAGAGGGGAACCAGCCGAGGGUGGAGGUGAACAUCCUGCUGCUGGGAGCUCACAACGUUGGCAAAUCUGCUCUGACUGUCAGAUUUCUGACCAGAAGAUUCAUUGGAGAAUAUGGAGACAUGGAAUCUGUUUACAGUCGAAUUGAUACAAUCGAUGGUCAAGAAAUCUGCUUCAACAUCUGGGACUCUCAGUUCACACAGGUGGGAGAGAAGAGCUGCAGUGUGAGCGACAAGCAGCUGCAGUGGGCCGACGGGAUGAUCCUGGUCUACGACAUCUGCGACCGCAGCAGCUUCGACGUGUCGCUGCAGCAGCUGCAGGAGAUCCGCCGCCGUCGGAAGCUGUCCUCUGUCCCGGUGGUCAUCGUGGCCAACAAGCGUGACCUGCGACGCCACCGUAGCGUCACCGGGGAGGAGGGCCGUCUGCUCGCUCUGUCGCAGCGCUGCGGCUUCUUCGAGGUGUCUGCGGCCGAGACGUACCACGGAGUCCUACUGGUGUUCCACCGGCUGGUCGACCUGGUCCGGGAGCGCCGGGCGCUCAGGAAGAGCUCGGCCGGCGUCCGUGGCAUCGUCAGGAGUGUGUCAGCCGUGUUCGGGAAGAAACGGGCCGAGUAGAAGCGCCGGUUUUACCGAUUCUGAUGAGGUGGAGGCUUCAGUCUGAUGGAAGGUUGGAGACGGACCGAGCAGGUGGAGAGCAGUGGCAGAUCUUCCGUGGGGGCUUUUAUGUCUGCUAAAACAUAAACUGAAUGCAGAAUACUGCACAAAGAAAUCCUCUACAGACACUUUUGUUCAUCUAAAUCAUGACAUUACAUUAAGCUUUCAAGGUGCAGGAAUAGCACUGGUGUCAGUAGGAGCCUGUUGAAGGCUGCAGUGAUUCUGGUGACACUACACUGUAUCAGAGUGAAGUUAUUGAAUAUUUGUGUGUCUUCACUGUUGCAGCGGUUUUGCAAUUUGCAGACGGUUCCUGUUCACUCCAUAGACACCAAUGUUAUUUCUGCAGCUUGAAAGACAGCUACUUUAGACAAAACUGGGCUCGUAGCACAUUGUGUGCCUUACAGCGAUGGGAAAGAGGCAUUGUUUAUGUUUUGACAACCUAUAUCUAACGAGUUAUUGAUGCUGGAAGUCUGAGUCUGUGAAUAUCUUUCCAACUUGACUGAACUUGGGGCCACAACCACCCAAGGAGUGGUUUAUUUAAUUUUGAAAAAAAACAUUUAGUCAUACUUAAAACUUUAAGUGCUUUAUUAACACGGAACUAAGAAUUUUGUAUUGUUUUUUCAUCACAGGUUCUGUCUAAAAGGAAAAAGACAUCAUUUUAAACAGUGAAACCAUACUAAUAAAAUGUAAUGGCCAACCAGUGUGCAAUACUGGAUUCUUCAAAAACAUAAACUGAAUGCAGAAUACUGGACAAAGAAAUCCUCUACAGACACUUUUUUUCAUUUAAAUCUUAACACAGUUAAUGUAUUAACUUAAUUUUGUGUGUAUGCUUGUAUUUAUUGAUUUAUUUAGUACUGUUAACAUAUCAGAGUUCUGAGUAAGUUUUUCUUUAGACAAAGAUUUAUUGAUUACAUACAUUCUGUCAAUAAUCCAGCUGAUCUUAUCAUGAUGUCCUUUACCAUAUAGACUUCAGGAGAUGAUUGGGAGAUGAAAAACUGUGACCUGCUGGUUGGGUUCUCUCUGUUCUCAUGUUUCGAACAUGUUUGUCCCCUGAUGCUGCUUUACUUCAGCUAGUUCACGAGCAACAGAAAACACAGUUUGCCCUGUACCUACUGUCAGGGCUUCCAGUCCUCCCACUCAAGUCUGUACAUUUGUGAGGUAGAAAUGUACGCAGAAUUCUACUUGUAGAGGGGUUGUAAUUAUUCAUUGUGGAUUUACUGAUGAUCUAGUGCCCUGGUAGUUGAGAUAAUGAUGAGUUGUCAUUUUGUCAUGAUUCAUUGCACAUGGGUUGGUCACUUUGCAAAAGUGAACCAAAUACACACCAAGCAAUACAGUGAGUAUCUGCACAAUUUGAGAAUGGGUUUUGAAGGCCUAUAUAAAGGCCCAAAAAAGGCCACCAUUGUUAGUCCAGUGAACAGCAUCAUGCCGCGUCUAUCACAUGAACAACGUCUCCGGGCACUGGGUAUGGUGGAGGCCGGUUUGAGCUACAGUGAUGUAGCCAGGCGUAUGGGCUGUUCCCAACCCACAAUCAGAAGCCUGGUCCAAAGCAUGCGCCGACGGAUUGCUGCCUGCAUCGAAGCAAAUGGAGGCCAUACUCGGUAUUGACUGUUGUGACUUUGUGUUUGGCAGGUGCCGUUUUCUUUUGUGAAAUUCUUUAUUUUGAAAUCAUUCUUGAAACUUUAGAUUUUUGUUUCUGUAUGCCAAUAUGCUAAACAAAUGAUUCAUAUGAAGAAAAUCCAGUUUCGGGCUUCAAAAUAAAAAUUAUUAUGAAAAAUA